ACCCGGAACUGCCGUGCAUUUGUUGACUUCUUGUCAAUAUAUACGAAGAUUUUAUUUUCUCACCCGUAUUUCGCCAAACCGAUCCUUCCGCAACGGGAUUGGUUAAUAUACCCGCUGGUCGGUGAUGUGAUUGGUCCGUAAUGUUUAAGCAUCGGUUGUCAGCCAAUGAACUGAUCGGUCGGUCCUCUCAGGAGGCGAGUUGUUGGAAUACGGGUGGGAUAAAGAAAAUAACGCGUAGCCGAGCGCCUGCUGUAACUUUAAAAAUGGCAUCAGCUCCAGCCCAACAGCCUACACUGACAAUAGAACAAGCCAGAGUGGUGAUGAGUGAGGUGAUCCAGGCUUUCUCUGUGCCUGAGAAUGCCUCUCGGAUGGAGGAGGCCAGAGAAAGUGCCUGUAAUGACAUGGGGAAGAUGCUCCAGCUGGUUCUUCCUGUGGCUACACAAAUCCAGCAGGAAGUGAUCAAGGCUUACGGCUUCAAUAACGAAGGAGAAGGUGUUCUGAAGUUUGCCAGACUGGUGAAGAUGUACGAGUCUCAGGACCCAGAAAUCGCUGCCAUGUCGCUCAAGCUGAAGUCUCUUCUCCUGCCUCCUCUCUCCACUCCGCCUAUCGGUGGAGGAAUUCCAGCUUCUUAAAUCCAGCUCAAUCAACACCCACGUCGCAGGGGUUUUAAAACAUCCUCACUUUAACUGUCAUCUGAAAUAUAGGUGGAUUUUCCAGACUGCGAUUAUUAAACAGAUUCUCACAAUCAGUGUCCUGGCAGCUGGCAGUCACUGCACUGUGACUGGGGUUUUGGCUGAGAAGUAGAACGGAGCCUGGUGGGCGUUGGGGUUUAAGACUUUAAGAAUUUCAGUUUAUGUUCUAUAUGUUAAAGGAACAUCACUGCUGUACAGUCUGUGCAGUUUAUCUCCGUAGUUGUUGCAGUGACUAUUCCAAAAGGACGGAAAUCACCUGCUAUAAAGAGCACAAAUAAAUAAAUCCUACAUAUUACAGUCUGGAAAAUCCACGGUUCAUAUCCUGAACUUCUCACAUUUCCAUGGCAUUCCUACUUUUGUAUCAUCAUUGCAUACUCUCGCUCGUAUUUAUUUGUAUUCCGCUGUAUUAUAGUACGAUUUUUUUGCACAAACCUGGACAUUCCUCUGAAAGAACAACAACAUUUGAAGAGGUGAGUGAAAGAGACUUCAAGCGAAAUCUCACUCUGAUGUAAAUCCUACAGCUGCUGUGGAAAUUCCAGCCAUGCAAAGAUCCCGAGGAACAGUUAAGCCAGGACUAAGAUGUAUGGCAUGUAGUUAAUCAGCAAACCCUGUUUUCUUUACUUUUAGUUUUUGCACAUUUUUCCAAACAAAUAAUAGAAAUAUCUCUGUCCCAGAGUCUUUUACUUAACGAGUUUCCUCGAGCCACAUCCAGUGCUUCAGGAACUUUUAUAAAGGCACGCAAACACUCCAGACACCGGAGGCUUAAAAAGAACGACCUACACUUUUGUCGUCCACUUUAUUAGGAACGCCUGCACUUUCAAGCGUUUAUCUAAUUAACCAAUUAUGUGGCAGCAGCGUAAAGCAUAAAAUCUUACGGGUGAAGAUCAAGAGCUUCGUUUUAUGUUCACAGAAAAAGUCUGAUCUCUGUGACCUUAAUCGUGCUUUGGUUUUUAGACGGGCUGGUUCGAGUAUUUGAGAAACUGUUGAUCUCCUGCUGGGAUUUUCUCACACAACAGUCUGUAGAGUUUAUAAGGAAUAGAAAAAAAAAACAGAAUGCAUUGUGUGAGCGACAGUUCUGUGUGUGGAAACACCUCGUUGAUGAGAGAUCUGAGGAGAAUGGCCAGAUUGAUUCAAGCUGACAGGAAGGAUAUAGGAAGUCAUAUAAUCACAGAAAAGCAUCUCGGCAUAUGUUGUACAUCAAACCUUGAGGUCAAUAAGCUACAAAAGCAGAAGACCUCAUCAGGUUUCUCUCCUGUCAGCCAAGAACAAGACUCUGAGGGUGUCAUGAGCACAGACUUGCAUAAAUAGCCUCAGAUUCCUGUUCUUAGCUGACAGGAGUCGAGCCCAAUGUCUUCUUCUGCUUGAGCGAUUAUAUGGCUUUAGUAUACUUUUUACUUUUUAUAUACUUUAGUUUUCCUAGCAGCUCAAACCAAUCUGUCUAUUUUCAUCUGAAUUCCCUCAUCAAUGAGGUGUUUCCACACACAGAACCGUCACUCACAUAAUGUUUUUUUGUUUUCUGCACCAUUCUGUGUAAACUCUAGAAACUGUUGUGUGUGUGUGUGUGUGUGUGUGUGUGUGUGUGUGUGUGUGUGUGAAAAUCCCAGCAGGAGAUCAUCUGUUUCUCAAAUACUCAAACCAGCCCACGUGCUACAUCCAAGCCACAGCUACAGUCCCAGAGAUCAGACUUAUUCUUCAUUCUGAUGACGGAUGUGAACGUGAAUUGAAGCUCUUGACAUGUAUGUGUAUGAUUCUGUACACCGUGCUGCUGCCACAUGAUUGGAUGAUUAGAUAACUGCUCGAACAUGUAGGUGUUCCUAAUAAAGUGGGUGGUGAGGUUGCAACAAACUUCAGUAAUUUUGUUAGGAAUAUUUUAGUCUCAAAGCUUCAGGUCAAUACUAAAGAACAAGCUGAUUAGAAAUAAGAUGAAGAUAUGAUAGCAUGUUACGUCUGAACUGACUGCUGCAUGUGAUCCAGGACGAGGAGAAGCUUUCCUUCAUACAGUAAAGUGUCUGAUAAAUCUGUGAAUUAAUGUUCAGGUGCAUCACCUUCAUCAUAAACACUAUUCAUGUUUCCAUUUCCUUAAAUGUUUUUAUUUUUUGUGAAUUCAUUUUUGGUGUGCAAUAAAAACUCAAAUCAGGAUCAACA